AGCAAAUCCUCCCCAGGUAAGAUGCCUUUCUCAGCUACAUUUAUCUUCAUUGUCAUAUUUUGUGUGCAGUCUCUAGCUGCAAUGCUACAAAACGGCUUCAUGGUUGCUGUGCUGGGUAGGAAAUGGGUUCAGAGCCAGGCAUUCCCUGCAGGUGAAAUGAUUGUGGCCUGCCUAGCUGCCUCCAGAUUCUGUCUGCAUGGACUAGAAAUCCUUAACAACUUCCUGAAUUUCAUUUUGUUUUGGCACAAAAAUAACUAUUUUGGGGUUCUCUGGGACUUCAUCAAUACCGUCAAUUUCUGGUUUACCACCUGGCUUGCCAUCUUCUACUGUGUGAAGAUCUGUUCCUUCUCCCAUCCCAUCUUCUUCUGGAUGAAAUGGAGAAUUUCUCAGUCUGUGCCAAGGUUGCUGCUCGGAUCCUUGAUCAUUGGUGGUCUGUCAGCCAUCUCCGUGGUCACUGGGAAUACAAUUGCCUUUCAAAGGAUGGACUAUGAAAACUGCACACAUGCUUGUGAAGCAAGGGCAUUCCAUGAUUAUUAUUGCUAUCAUGUAAUGUUGAUGUGGGUCACUCCAUUCUUCCUGUUUCUGCUGUCUAUCAUCUUGCUUAUGUUCUCACUGUACUGGCAUUUGGAACAGAUGAGAUACCACAGUCCCAGGCCUCAUGAUUACAGCAUCCAGGCUCACACCAUGGCUCUGAAAUCUCUUGCCUUCUUCCUAAUCUUCUAUACGUCAUAUGCCCUGUUCCUGGUGUUAUCUACUACACAAGUCGUAACUAUCUACAAUUCCUGGCGCUGGGCCUGGGAAGUGAUAACCUACAUGGGCAUCUCCCUGCAUUCUACCAUUCUGAUGCUAAGCAGUCCCAAGAUGAGAAGGACCCUCAAGACGAAGUUCUCCAACCUUUGUGUUGGCAGCUCAUAA